UCUCCCCUCUGUCUCUCCCUGCCGAAGACCGUAGCGCAGUUUUCCAGCUCUCUCCUCACUAAAAGUCCGCACCGACUCCGGGACAGCUGAUUGCAGGGAAUAUAAUACAAAAGGAAUAAAGGCAGCAGAGGGAGAGGGUGGAGGAGGAGGAGUAGCAGUCCAUUCGACAUAAACCGUGACCGUUAUCCAGGGAAGAGGGGUCUCCCCAAAACCUGAGCCAUGAGUCGCAGCAUCGUGCGGCAGAGCAAGUUUCGUCACGUCUUCGGCCAGGUGGUAAAGGCUGAGCAGGGUUACGAUGACAUUCGUGUGUCCAAGGUGACAUGGGACAGCUCCUUCUGCGCCGUCAAUCCAAAGUUCUUGGCAGUCAUCGUUGAAUCCAGUGGAGGAGGAGCGUUUCUCGUCCUGCCCCUUUCUAAGACAGGUCGUGUGGAUAAGAACUACCCGCUGGUGAUUGGUCACUCUGGACCCGUCCUGGAUAUCGAUUGGUGCCCUCAUGACGACAAUAUCCUGGCCAGCUGUUCGGAGGACUGCACUGCAAUGGUGUGGCAAAUUCCAGAUCACACUUUGACCCGCCCCCUGUCGGACCCCGUGGUGGUCUUGGAGGGACACUCCAAACGAGUCGGCAUUGUCAGCUGGCACCCCACCGCACGCAACAUACUACUCACUGCAGGCAGUGACAACCUGAUAAUUAUCUGGAACGUGGGGACAGGUGAACCCCUCAUCUCCAUGGACGACCAUCCAGACCUCAUCUACAGCGUCAGCUGGAACCGUAACGGCAGCUUGUUUUGCACCACCUGUAAGGAUCGACGUCUGCGUGUCUGUGAUCCACGCAAAAGAGAAGUGGUGGCGGAACGUCUGGCUCCACAUGAGGGCAUCAGGCCAAUGAGAGCAAUCUUCACCAGAGAUGGAAACAUCUUCACUACAGGAUUCACCAGGAUGAGUCAGAGAGAGCUCGGCCUCUGGGACCCGACAAAUUUUGAGGAACCUAUUGCACUUUUGGAGUUGGACACAAGUAAUGGAGUAUUGUUACCUUAUUACGAUCCAGAUGCAAAUAUGGUCUACCUCUGUGGAAAGGGGGACAGCAGUGUCCGGUACUUUGAGAUCACAGAGGAACCACCGUAUGUUCACUACCUCAACACCUUCAGCAGCAAGGAGCCCCAGAGAGGGAUGGGCUUCAUGCCCAAAAGAGGUGUUGAUGUCAGCAAAUGUGAGAUUGCCAGGUUGUAUAAGCUGCUUGACAAGAAAUGUGAGCCCAUCACAAUGACAGUGCCCAGAAAAUCGGACCUCUUUCAAGAUGAUCUGUACCCAGACACAGCAGGACCCGAGCCUGCCAUGGAACCCGAGGAGUGGCUUGAUGGCCGAGAUGAAGAUCCCAUCCUGGUGUCCAUGAGGCAGGGCUACGUGCCGCCGAAGAGCAGAGAGCUCAAAGUGGUGAAGAAGAACGUCCUGGACUCCAGACCCACCACCCGACGCAGCAUGUCCACUUUGGACACCAACAGCCUGCCGCUUUCACCUGUGUUUUCAUUGAUUUCCUCUAGUCCUAGUCACCUUCCUUAACCUAUUCUUCAAACAUUUUCCUUAAUUUCACCUUCUUAUCACAGUCUUUUUUCCUUUCUGUUUCCCUUUUAUCCUUCUGCACACUUGUCUCCCCUCUUGUCCUGUCCAGCCUCAGCUGCUUGAGAGGUUGCUGGAAGAGAUUCAGAAUCUGAAGGCCACAGUGUUGUCUCAGGAGAAGAGAAUCUGUGACCUGGAGAAUAAGCUUUCCCAGUACACCAAUGGCACUGCCUGAUGUGCAUGUAAACAUGGUCUGAAGAACUGGUCUGAAUAUUACUGACGAGGAUUCACUCUUGUGAAUGCUUAUGAAUGUGUACAAGUGACCAUUCGACAGAUUUGAGGAAAUUGCAUCUGUACCCCUUUCGAUGGUUGAUUCUAUAAAAUCUUUAUCCCAGUUUUACCUUUCAUUCUACUGCAGGAUAUUUUUGGCAUAGUCACAAUUUUACAGCGAAAAGGACGGAGGUGAGGUUUGUGUGAGGGCACUGUAAGUUUGAGAGUGUAAGUUGGGUUAAAGGGAUAAAAAAGGUUUCUAUUAGAGAAAAAAGAAAAUGUAGAAAACUGGUUUAAAAAAUGCAAGCGCAAGACUUACUGCCUGAAAUGCAACUCUUUUAGUUUUUAUAAUUUGCUUCUAUAAAAAUAUACAGACCCGCUUCAAACCUGCCCACACAUCCUCCCACUGCAUGUGGAGUCACGCUUACAGCUUUGGAGGGUCUCGAAGUUAAGAAGAAACAUUAACAGAGACAUUUCCCCUCAAAUCAGCAUCUGGAUUGAUUAAUACAGUCAUCACAUAGAGUGAAUUAAGAUCAUUCCUCAGCUGGUCUAAGCUGCCUGUUCUGAUUCAGCUGCAGAAAUUAAAACGACCUUUCUUAAUACUAUUUUUGGUUUUACUUAGACGUCUGUGAAAAUAACUCAAAACUGACAACAACAACAAAAAAAAUCUUGAAAUUUUGAGUUAGCAAGUCAAAUAUCUUUAGAUAAUAACCCCAAUUCUUGACUAACACGUGGUAAAAAAGGUGUUUUUUUCAAUUUUAAGAAAAAAAAAACAGCAGCAGAAACAGGCUUCCAUAUUUUCUAGGUUUUUUUUUUGGUUUUUUUUUUAAAAUGAUCUUUAUAACAUAGAAAUAUUAAUAAAGUUUAUAUACAAAGCACUUUUUGAGGCCAAAGUGUUUUACAGGAAGCUUCAGAUAAGUCAGGAAAAAAGUUAAAAACAUGAAAAGCACAAAUAAACAUUACUUUAGAAGAUCCUUUUUUGAAGCUCGAAUUCACGUUCAUUCUUUUAUUUGUCUUUGCUGUGCUACGCACAUGCUAAGACCUUCACAUGCUGUAUUACAAAGCUAGUUCAUCUCAAACGACAGAACUUUUGUGUAGGAAACAUACACAAAACACGUGCUGACCUGUGAUCGUUGUGCACUCAUGUCGAGGGCCUCGUGACCUCACCAAAACUAAAUCAGUUUAGAAAGUUAAUGCAGGAGACCCUCGAAGCGGCGUGAGAGUGUGUACGGGCUGGCUUGGAAUCGGGAUGCUGCAGUAGACAUGCUUGUACCAUCACUAAACACUCACAAAAAGCCACACAAACAAACAAGGACACAUUUCAGCAUUUCAACCCCCUGUGUCGCAGACAACCAGUUUAUUUAAAUAAUGCUCAGAAAGAUUUUCAAUAUGUAAAUAGUGAUAAAAGGAAACAGGAGAAGUAAAUGUAGCAAAAUGUGAAAAGAGAAACGUUUUGUUGUGUAAAGGUUAUACAUUAGACACAUUAUGACAACAAUAAAAAGUGUUUGUUUUUUUU